GAAUAAGUGCAUCUAUGAGAAAGAACCUAUUAUUUUAGGUGUAUCCCUCCUUUUUGGCGGUAAACUUGUACGCAUGCGCGAUCUUCUAUAAAAAUAUAAUACAGUGGACAAUAUUUUGACUACAUAUUUCUACUGCUGCUGACGUAGGGUAACGAUCAGAACACUGUCUUUAAAGACGUAGUAGGGUAGUAGUAAAUACUUGUGAAGUUUAACGUGCCGUUGAUAGUGCCUAUUGUUGGGUAGUAGGGUAGAGCGCGCAUUCAGAAAAUAAAGUCGAGAAAGACCGAGUGAAAGCGUAGAUAGACGAAUAAAACCGAGCAAGGCCGAAUUCUGUACGAAAUCUUAGCGCGAGGGAGCGACCAACAACUAACUACGGGUUUGCAACGUCCGCGAGUGAGAGAGUUGACGGAGAUCGUUCUUACUCGUGUUCUUUCGUGGCGGCAUCAAUUGAUCGGGUUUUAUGGAUACUCUCGAGGAGAGCCACGCGUGUCGCAUAUGCGGCAACGACUCUGAUGACACCACAAAUAUCUUUGACGAGAAGAGGGAUCAUGCUAAAAAAAUUGAUGCUCUUCUACCGAUCAUGGUACACAAGUUUGAUUUUUUAUCAAAAGUAAUCUGUAACACAUGUAGUUGCAAACUCGAUGAAUUUUACGACUUUUAUUUGAAAAGUUUGAGGACCGACAAGCAUUCGAAAAGCCAAUUGUCUUGGAUGAAUAAAAGGGAAGGAAAAGAAGUGAGGAGUGAUAGACCUAUGGUUAGAAUACAUAAUGUAAAUAUCAAGAUUGAACCAGUGGAAUACGAAAGGUACGAUCUAGAUCCGGUGAUUAGAAAUUUCGAAUAUGUGAACUCCAUGAAAUCCGAGACGUUUCCCAUCGGUGAUAGAUCGAGGACACAUGGGAUUCCCGAUAGGAUAGCAUAUCAAAACAGUCAACACUCUUGUAAUAAACAAAGUCAUAAAAAACGAUUUAUAUCUAAUGAAUAUAAUCAAUAUUCUGCAUGCGGAGAAUAUGCAAAUAGCAAUAUUAAGGAUGUUAAAAACUUGAGUGAUAACUUAUCUGAUAAUCCAAGAGUCAAUUUUUGUUCUAAUGAUAAAAAUAAUAAUUUUUUUCAAAAAAAUAAUAAAAUAAUGGAUCAAGAUCAACAUAAGAAAAGUAUAAUGCUAAGAAAGCAACGUUUAAAAGAACUAUCGGGGAAUCCUUUAAACUACGCUUUACGACCUAGAAAGGUUUUCGUUAAUUAUGUAGAAACAAGACAGAAAUUACCAAAUUUUUUAAAAAUAGAUAAUAGCGCGAAAAUAAAUAUUAUUUCUGCAACUGUAAAAAUCGAGAAAGAGGAAAAGCAGGAACAGGUAGUGACCGAACAUUUGAAGAGACGUGCAUUAAGACCACGUAAAGUGCCGAUUAAUUAUAGCGAUAAUAAAAGAAAAACAUAUGAUUUUUUGAAGUUUCCAUUAUCGCACGAUAUUAAUUUUACUACUGCUAAAAAACCAAAGUUAGAAAACCUCACGGAUGAGUGGACGAGAUUAUCGAAUAAGAAGAACACAAAAAGAAUUAAAUCGACGGGCAAAAGGAUGAAAUUCGAUGUAAAGAAAGAAAUGCAUGACGAUCUGGAGAAUCAUUAUGUUAUGAAAUCGUAGCUCUUUGUUUACGAAGAAUCUAUUACAUUGGAAGCAGUACUGUUUCAGGUAUCACCAAUUAAUUCAAUAAAUUCAGGAACAUUUGUACGUAAAUGUGUUCUUUGAAAGAAUCAUUUUUAAUCUUCAGAUUAUUUUGAACAUUGAUUUAAUGUAUUGUGCUAUGUCUCACUGUCUUUGGCAAUAGAUACAUAGACCUCUGGAGAUACCUUGAUUCCACUACUUGUAAGAUUACUUGUUACUCCGAAAAAUAUUUUAUUAGUAAUAUAUUUGUAGAUUCCUUAAUUAUUUUAUUAGAUUUGUAGUUUAUAUUUGACAAAACAUUUAAUGCUUUGGACAAAUUGAAUUAUUCUUUUAAGAAGGAUUAUUAUUUUUCUUAAGUAUUAUAUUUUUAUGGAUAAUCUUUAGAAAAACAUAUUAUGAAGGACAUUAAUUCUUUAGUUUUCUGAUAAAUCAUGAUACAAAAAAUUAACAUCUUCAACAUUGUUAUUUGCAGAAUAUUGAUUGUAUAUAUAUUAUAUAUCAAUUGUUAUCUUUGAUAAAUUUAUCGUAGAUCUUUUUCGAAUGGAAUACUAAUGCCUUCAGUAAAUUAACUUUCCCCUGUUAAAAGAUUAACCUAUUUUUCAUUACUCAUAUGUCAUAUACAUACUUUCCAAACUUGACGAUGUACAAUCGCGUUCACAUUAAUUCUUUUAUUAUAAACUAUCCAAAAGUUUGUAUAGACUGUGAUUAAUAUUAACAUAUCGUAAUAAGAAAAGAGAUAUAUUUGCCGAUAAGUUAAUAUAAAUGCAUAAAGCCAAAGCAAUGGUAAAGUUGAUUUUAAAGAUAGUAUCUUUAUAUCAUUUUUUCUAAUUUAAAAAUUGUAUCUUAAAUCGUGAAAAAUAAUAUAGACCGUAUGCACAUUUACAGUGGGUCAAAUAAGUUUUCGUAUUCUUCACUUUUAAUAAUUUAUUGUACUCUGACUCGAAAUAAGAUUGAAAUAAAUAAAAAUUUGUUCGAGUAUAACUUCAAAAGUAAUAUACUAAACAUUCAUGUCACUAAAAUUAUGUAUCUUCAAAAAUUAAUCAACACAAAAAUGACAUUUACAGACAAAUUGAACAAAAGUUAUGUCAACAAAGAUUACUUACAGUUAAUGAUCUUUAGAGUCUCCCUUUGCCCUUUGCCUUUUAACUUUUUUAGCUGUGUAUUUAAGAUCGUUGCCUUGUUAAGGUAUAAAUUCUAACCCCAAGUUUAAUUUUUAAACACUAUUUUGCAUAUUUUUUUUCAAAAUACUUUAUAAAAAAAACUUAUAUUUUUAAAUAUAAUUAAUAAAUUGCAAGUUGUCUACUCCAAAUGCAUACAUUAUCAAACAAGAACACUUGUGUACAACUUUAUGCAUCCACCAUUAUGUUUCAAAAUUGGACACAAAUGUUUAAUUUGCAUUUAAGUAUUAGAUUUACUUUUAUCAAUGAAUAAUACUUCGCUCCAGAAACUUGUUGGCUUAUCCGCAUGCCUUCUUACAAAAUUUAUACAUUUCAUCCUAUUGACUUUAUUAAUGAAGGGUUUUUUUCUGGCUACGCAAUCAUUAUAGCCUGCUUUUCUACUGAUUAUUUGAACAGUUUUGAGCAUAAUCUAUUUUAAUCAUAUUAGCCAAUUUUUAAACACUCAUCUUUAAUUCAGUUCUAAUAGUCCUUAAAAUUGUACGCUUAUGUAAAGUUUCCAAUUUUGAUGGGUGGCCAUUACCUCUUCAAUAAUCACAAGUUCUUGUUUUCUGGUAUUUUUUAAUAAUAUAUUUUACAGUAAAGUGUGAUUUUUUUACUACUAGAAAUUUAUCGUAGUGACUUGCCCCUCUUUCUCAACCGCAUUAUUAAUUGUAUAAGAAUAGGUACUUUCAUUUUUAAAGUUAAAUUAACGUUUAAUAGGUUCCAGUUGUGCUUUUUUUGCUUGUAAAGAUGAUAUUGACACAGUAUUGCCUAUGUUUACAGUAUUCAAUAUAAUAAUUACUUGCAUUUAUACAUUAUUUCCCGUGUUUAUGUUUAUUUAGGGAAACUUAUUUGACCUCAAUUUUGCUGUCUCAGUAUUCAAUGUAUAUUUAAGAGAUAGCUAUUAAUUAGCUUAACAGUUUUCUAUACAUAUCUCUAAUAAAUAGAGAUGGAAACAGAUUAAUUAACAUUCACAGCAUUUAUUAAUUAUUAUUUUGAAAUAUUGGAAUAUAAAUCUUUUAAAUUGUACAGAAACUUAUUUAUCCCACUGUAUAUUUACAUAUUUUUGUUAGUCAAAGGUACAAAUUAUUUACUAAUUACUAUUACUAUUUUUUCGUGCAGAAAAAAUAAUAAUACCUACACACACACACAUUUGUUAUUCACUACUUGUUUAUUUGUGCAAUAUAUGGAUGCGAUACAAAUACAAUUAAAUACGCUUAAGAUUUUUAAAUAGAAAUUCACAGAUAGCCUUUGUAAUAAAAGAAUAUAUUGUAUAUUUAUUACAUAUAUACGAAGAUGGAUUGAGAAGUUUUGAGGAGAAGAAAAAAAAAAUCUUUAUUUUUUUAAGUAAAAAUGUUUCCUAUAUUAGAUAAAAAAUUUAGAUUAAAAGCAAUAUAUAUGCAGCAUGGUGAAAAGAAAGGUUUGGUAUUUGAAGGGGUUAUAGUACUCGCUGAGACUAGUAAAAAAUGUCUAAUUAAUAUAGAUUCUAAAAUCAACUCUCUCUUUUGAUGUAAAUAAAUUUGUAUUAUCUAUGAGCAUCUAAUAUAGUAAGCAAGCCUCUUGGCAACAUCAAAUAUCUAUGAUUUGUAUAUAUUAGAUAAUUAAGUAUGAAACGUCCGAUUAUUUUCAGUUCUAAAUCUGAAAUUUCAUAUUUCAUAAUAUAAAUAGUAGUUAUUGCAUAUUUUUUUUAUAAUAAACUUAUCUUGGCAACCUUAAACUAAUGUAUUUCUAAUCAAAUUCCUCAGUGUACAUUCAAUAGAUUACCAAGAGAAUCGCUUUCAUUAUCGAAUGCUCAUAAAUAAUAAAAGUUUAUAUACAUCGAAAAGUUUGAUUUUAAAAUCCAUGUUCAUUAGACAUUUUUUAUUUGUUUAGUGAUUACUAUGAGC